AUGAUUCCCAAAAAGGAAAUGACGCACGCACUAGGCACACUUCAACGUCGUCCCUUCCUUCCUUCCUUCCUUCCUUCCUUCCUUCAAUAUGCACAUUCAAAAUCCCAUAAUCACAGCUUCACUGCCGGCAUGGAGCGAACUCGCAUGCCCUCAGCCCAUAGUUCUCGUCACCUACAUGGCAUCGGAUCACACAGCUCUCCUUCACUGCCUGGAAAUCCACACCUGAAUGAGGGUGCUAUGAUACCCGUCUCACCUCCUCACACAACUAUGGACUCCCUCCCAAACGAAAUACUCAUUCAAGUCGCGUCGCAUCUCGACAUCAAUCCUCCCUCAAUCUCCAAGUUCAGGCAUGAACCGACGCCACAGUUGACCAUUUCAGAUGCGAUCCCGCUGAAAUGUUUGUCACAAGUAUCACGACGCUGGCGCAAGAUCGUACUCCCUAUCCUCUUCCGAUAUUGCCGGAUAGGGUUGGAUCCGGAACCGCAGUGGGUGCCGGUCGACGCAAGAUUAGUUGAUAGCAUGCAAGGUCAACUUACCAGAUUAAGUAAUCACGAGUUCAUGAUCUACACCAGGAUGCGCAGCAAGUUCAAGAGCAGCUCUGCAUCCGCAUACGAGGAGAAUUUCGACGACCUGCUGAUCAACUUGUGCCGCAUACAGGACGGAGACGAGUUCUUGAAGUCUGCACCGCGCAUCUUGUGGCUUCCGCAUCUUCCAAAGUCGUUUGCUGGGUUUGAACGAUUUGUGCAACAGCACAUGUUGAAGUAUCAUAUCAAGGGCGUGGUGGUACAUACGAAUCAGGAAUACGUACUGCGUCAUGUAUCGACGUCGGAUGCACCACUGUCUCGUGCAGUAAACGAGAUCUGGUCGCAAGUCUUCUCACUUCUUGAACCUGCACGUCUAGUCGUUGCUGCACCGCCAUCGGCCCUCGCAACGUUGUUGGACACGCAGAUAGAGUGUUCCAACCCCUGGACCUUCGCCAUGAAGACCCACUAUAUUGAGCUGCGUCAACCGGACCCGACACCACUCGAACACAUGACUACCAAGUGUCGACCCUGGGACUCUGCGCUCAUCCACAAACGGCCAUGGUAUCACCUCGGCUACAAUGAAGGGUCCUCAAUCGCUGCCAACGGCCUCUACGAUUCCAACGUACAACAGUCUCCCAAUAUGCUGUGUCUCACUCUCGUCCGCUUAGCCAGGGAAACGCAGCCUUGUUGUGCUAUCACAUCCGUUGAGUUCACGGGCGUUUUCCCUUUUGCAAUAAAUAUCACAAAAGUCCUUCACGCACUUCACCGCAUACCAACCCUCAAAAAAGGCAGCAUUCAAAUUGCGCCCGGUCCUGAGAAUGAUCUCCUCAGCAAUCGCAGGCGAAUGUAUCGAGCGCAAACAACCGACUUGUGGCUCGAGUGGCGGGAGAGCUACAAGAUGGUGACUAGCUACCUUGGUAUUUUUGACUUUCCGGAUGGCGCCGAGUUCAUCAGUUUGGACUGCGAGAGUGCUCAGAUGGCGGCCGAAGUCCGGGAGUAUAUGGGCAUGCUGAGGAGAAGAGGGACGGGGUGGCGAGAAGAAGGGACGGGCCGGUGGGUGAGAGAUCAUGGGUUGGAUGGAACUGGGGCCUCUCCGGGAACGGUGGGCACUGAAGCAUAG